CAAGUGCAAAACAUGGACCGGAAGAAUGAAACCUCAACUGAUUUCAUCCUCUUGGGACUCUUUCCCUGGUUCAAACAUCCCUACCUCCUCAUUAUAAUCAUCCUCCUUAUCUACACUAUUGCCUUUUAUGGAAACUCCAUACUUAUUCUCCUCAUCUGGCUAGACUCCCAUCUCCACACCCCUAUGUACUUCCUGCUCAGUCAACUCUCCCUAAUUGACCUGGCUUACAUCUCCAGCACAGUUCCCAAAAUUGCUGCCAACUAUUUUACAGGGAAGAAAAACAUUUCCUAUUUUGCCUGUGCUACUCAACUCUUCUUUUUUCUCACUCUUGGCCUUGCUGAGUGUAUCUUACUGACUCUCAUGGCCUAUGACCGCUAUGUGGCUGUCUGUAACCCCCUGAAAUACACAGUCCUCAUGAACCCCAAGGUCUGUCUCCAGAUGGCUGCUGCAACCUGGAUUGGGGGAGCCCUUGCAGCACUUGUACACACCAUCUACCCAAUGAAUUUCCCUAUAUGUGGUUCCAGGGAGAUUAAUCAUUACUUUUGUGAGAUGCCGGCCAUCCUGAGAAUGUCUUGUAUGGAUAUAUCAGCUUAUGAGAUGGUGAAAUUUCUGUCAACCAUUGUAUUUCUCCUGGUUCCAUUUAUUCUCAUCCUGACCUCCUACACUCUCAUCUUCCUUACUGUUGUCAGGAUGAACUCUUGCAAGGGCAGAAGCAAAGCCCUGGCCACUUGCUCCUCCCACCUGACAGUGGUCAGUCUCUACUUUGGACAGGCCAUCUUCAUCUACAUGACACCCACCUCAUCCCACACACCUGAGCAAGACCAGAUUGGAACUGUGCUUGGUACCAUAGUGACCCCCAUGCUCAACCCACUCAUCUAUAGCCUGAGGAACAGAGAAGUGGUGGGAGCUCUGAGGAAGUGUGUGGGAAGGUGUUGCAAUUGA